AUGCCAGAGAAAGUAUUUGAUUUAUUAGAUCAAAUGACAUUUAAACAUGACAAUUAUACUCUUCCAGUUUUAUUUAAUUUAUGUGCUCAAGUUGCUAAUGAUCAAGCAAUGAACACUGGAAGAAAACUUUUUCAUGAAAUACCUGUUAGUUAUCGAAAUGAUAAUGAAACGAAACAACAAGGUGCUGUUCUGAAUGAAGAUGCAUGGAAUAUACUUAUUGGUACAUGUUCAAAAGUUGGUAUGAUUCGACAAUCUCAGUACAUUAUUGAUCAAAUUCCUUUGCAUAUUCUAAAUCUGAAACAAAUACAAAUCUCAUUGGUUCAUAUGUGGAGUAAAUGUGGUUCUAUUAAAAUGGCACAAAGUAUAUUUAAAUCAGUUCACGAUCAUGAUGUAGUGACAUACAAUGCAAUGAUUAAUGAAUUUGGACUUAAUGAAAUGGGUUUUGAAGCUAUUGAAUUAUAUAGACAAAUACCGAAUGAGCUACGUGAUGAAGUUACGCAUAUUUGUGUAUUAAAUGCAUGUUCUCAUGCAGGUCUUCUUGAUCAAGCUCGCAAUAUCUUCAAUGAAAUUUCUUUCAAAACAACAAAAAUCUUGACUGUGAUGGUUUGUUUUUCUAUUUAA